AUGGGGGACCCGGCCGAUGGGCGCGAACGAGUAAGUAAAGUUGAUGCCGUAGAUAUAGAUGAAAGCGAUGCCGGCCCAGCCGGCGGGCUUGUUUGUCCGGAGGGAGCCGCCGAGGCCGCCGAUGAUGGCGCCGACGAUGAAGAACAAACCGCAGAGGGAGGGGGAUUCGGCCGACCUUGUCGAUAUCACCCUAAUCUCCAAAUUGAACUGCUGGAAAACCUUGAUGCUGCAUUCGGGGGACACGAGGCCGACGUUCUGGGCGUCGAAGAGCGAGAUACUCUGCUUGCCGGGGAACUUCUUGCGGUUGAUGGACUCGUCGAAAAAGACCUCAGCCUCGAUGCCGCGAUACUCGGCGGGCUUAGGCGCCUUAUGUCAGGUAUCUGGUCGUUCCAUGAAAGUCAACCAACUUCCUUUCUCGACAUGUCGGUUUCGAAAUGUGAUCUAUUUCCGGAUGAGAAAACCCUGGGCACCAUCUUCUCAGGCGUCGACCUCAAGCCCGCCGACUGCAACAUCAUCUCCCACACGUUCGACACAUGUACGUUCAGCAUCCACCCCGAGGCCGCCGCUCUCCCCGGCCAUCCAAAGGAUCUUCUUGUCCGGCUGGAAGCAUCGUCAGGACGUGGUUUGCACCAGCUAGCGGCCAUCCAGAAGCUCGCGCAAGCUCAACUACCCGAUCUCGUCCCUCACGUCGUGGUUGUUGGUACCACGACGACCGAGGACGGGAGACGGGUUGAGUACGCCGUGUCGGAGUACUUCACAGGAACCAUUCCGCUUGAGGAGGUAUGGGACGCUCUUGGUCCAGACGAUCAGAUGCACUUAGUGGAUUCGGUGGCUUCUGCCGUGGAGAAGCUUCAGAUGAUAGACCACGAUAUCCAUGAAGCUGGCACGCAACCCGGCCAUGCGCCAAUCGGCGGCCCGCGGAGCGGAGAUUUCCCUGAAAUCAAGCAUUUACUAAGAGGAAUACUCCAAGAAAGCGAGCCAAUGUCACGCAACUACACUCUUCGGGAGGUCGAUGGGGGUGGUGUCAUACUCGAAUCGGCGUUUGCAGACAUCGGCCGGGCCGAGUUGACAAACGCAGACCUCGACGAGCUCAAGCGCCACGUCGUCUUCUGCCACAACGACCUCGAGCCACGCAACAUCCUCGUCAGGCCGCGAUUAGCAGAGGGCACGAGCCCAUGCUACGAUCUGGCCGCCAUUGUCGACUGGGAGAUGGCGGGCUUCUACCCCUUUGCCUACGAAUACGGACUCAAGGACAACGUCCUCGGCCUCUCCAAUCUCUCGCUCAGCUGGUAUUUCUUAUUCAAAAAGCGGACCUCUCGCCUGUUGCCUCAUAACCAGUGCCAUUCAAAGUUGAUACAAGCCCUUCGGGUCAUUAGUCAGUCGAAAAGGAGAAGUAUGACAAGGAACGUCGGCGUUCGGUUUCAGGAGAAGUGGGUGGCGGCUCACAGUCUAAAGCCAUCUCUGGAUAUUCGUCGCGGCUGGGUUCGUAAGGCUGAUAUCAAGGCUCCUGUCAACUUCACUAAAGCAGACAACGAAAAUCUUGAGCUGGAGGUUCUGAGGGAAUUGGGCCAUGUUUGA